ACAACAAAGGGAUAAUAAAUAACAGACUCUCAUUCAACAAGACCAACAUCUCUAUCAUUUCCAACAAUGGCGGGAGCCGUAAGUCUCUGGCGGAGAGAGGCAACGUUCUUGACGGCAAUGCUUGCGUCGGAAACCGGUAUUGUUGGUCUGAAUACACUGUUCAAAGCAGCGACUUCAAAGGGACUCAACUCUUACACUUUCCUUGGCUAUUCUUAUCUUCUUGCUUCUCUUCUCCUUCUUCCUUCUCAUCUCUUCUCCAACAGGUCAAGAUCACUUCCUCCACUAAGUUUCUCAAUACUUUGUAAGAUAGGACUUCUUGGACUAGUAGGAUCAACGUAUGUGAUCACAAGCUACAUAGGCGUUAAAUACAGCAACCCAACCCUAGCUUCCGCGAUUAGCAAUAUCACUCCUGCUCUUACCUUCAUCCUAGCCGUUAUCUUCAGAAUGGAGAAAGUAAGAUUCAAAGAAAGGAGCAGUGUAGCUAAAGUGAUGGGGACGAUAUUAUCAUUAGUAGGCGCACUUGUGGUGGUUCUCUAUCACGGCCCACGCGUCUUCAUUGUAUUAUCAGCGCCGAAUCUAAACUUCCACCAGCUUUCUCCAUCACUAUCAUCUUCAAACUCUAAUUGGAUCAUUGGUGGAUGUCUUCUCACCAUUAGAGACAUCUUCGUUUCUGUUUCUUUCAUACUACAGGCACAUAUAAUGUCUGAAUAUCCAGCAGCAUUUACAGUAUCAUUUUUCUAUACUCUGUUCGUUUCAAUCAUCACCUCCUUGACUGGACUCGUAGUCGAGAGGAACAAUCCAAGCGUUUGGAUCAUUCGAUUUGAUAUUACUUUGAUAUGCAUUCUAGCUAUGGGAAUAUUCACUCCAGUAUACUACGUAAUUCAUUCAUGGACAGUGCGUUACAAAGGACCUCUUUACUUGGCCAUAUUUAAGCCAUUGUCGAUUUUAAUAGCGGUGAUUAUGAGCGCAAUUUUUCUCGGAGAUUCUCUAUAUCUCGGAUGUUUGAUUGGAGGAGUUUUGAUAACGAUAGGUUUUUACGCUGUGAUGUGGGGGAAAGCAAACGAAGAGAAGACUCGGUUAUUGUUACUUACAGAAAAAGAGAAUAGCCCUCUUCUGUUGAACCACAACGACGACCAAAUUAAUUUAGAACCAAAGAGAAAUAAACUACAUACUUUUGAAUGUGUUAAUGCGUAGUAUUAUUUACAGUUUUAUUGGAUCUGGACAUUCUAUUACUAUAUUACUUGUAUAUAACUUGAAAAAGAUAAUAUCGAAUUUCUUGAAAUUAGUAGAAAUAUUGUUCUACAUCAAA